CACAAUCCUACAUUCCUAGCAGGCCCGUGCAGGGGCGCUAGCUCAUGUGAAUCUGUGUCUUCUUCAUAGACGCCUGAAUUGCUUUUCUUUCCUCGUAUCACUUUAGUGGAAGCCUUGGAGGUCUGAUCCCUGAGCAGCAUUUUGUGCACAAUUGGCGGAGUAGAUGAUUCCCCCUUGUGCAGCGCUGGCGCUCCUUGAACGAGCCUCAAUUGAGCCGACAGUGAAAGUUCAGAUCGGUGUCCAGAUUGGGGCCUACUUUCCAGACACCUGACUGCGAAUAAACCUGGAACAGACAUUCAAUAGCAGAAAGGACACACUUUGACCAGCAGAAAAUGGCUGCAUCCUUCAAACACCUUGUCAGGUGGUUUUCAAUUCUGGUCGUCCUGUCUCAGCUCUCAGUAGGCAAGGGCCAGCUGCAGGGCUGCUUCUUAAGGUUUGACAUUCAAUCAAACAGUUCAGUCCUCACGCUCAAUGGCCAGUCCAUCAAACCGCUCCCGGUGCCAAUCCGCGCAACUAGCAAUCUGCAGCUUGCAGGAAGCUUGUACCUCAAACUAUCAGGAACCGCAGCCUGCCCCACCCAACUGACUCUCUCCUCUUUCUCCGGAGCUACGUUCAUCGGCCCCCAAACCCUGAACCUCUCCGCAUCCUACCCCCCCUCUCUCAUUUCCAUGUCCCCCCCGGUCCUAUACACACGAGCGGGGGCCGGCGGCAUCAUCUUCGCAAAUGUGACGUUUUACGACCUUGAGGUCGCUGUCGGAAGCUCGGAACUAGCUCCCGAUGCGCAAACGGGGGCUUUCAGCGUGCCACAAAACUGGACGGUCGUCUCGGGAAUGUCUGAAGAGAAAAGUAUUCUUGGACCCGCCUUCACGUUCUUUGACUUGAGCAAUACGCCGUCGACCGUCACGUCGGCGGGGGCUUUUUCCGUCUCUGGUCAGGUCGCGACUCUCAGCUUUCCGACGUUUGAGUGGCCCCUAAUGUUACUCGGAGGCGCCAAAAACCAGCAGGCCUCGUACACUUUCCAGGGGUCCGUUGUGGCCACGGCGGUGCUAGGUUGUCCAGCCAGCUGUAGCUUCCGCGGUCGUUGCGAAUUGCAAGGCUCCACGCCCACCUGCGCCUGCGACUGCGGCUUCGCCGGCGCCGACUGCUCCCAGACAUUCCUCGCCCCGCUCUCCCUGGAAUCUGCCACGUCAGCAUACCCGAGCACCGCAACCGGGGUCACAAACGACGGAAACGUGCACCUCCAACUGGUCGGGCCAAACCUCGGGGAUCUCGCGGCGCUUUCGUCGUCGAAUCUGAGUGCGUUCGUCGGUAACGCGAGCUGUGGGCCGCUGACGCGAGUCAGCUCGUCGGUUGCCACGUGUGCUCUGCCGCCGCAGCCGGACGCUUUAAACAACCGCGCGCCCGUCCGAAUUGUAAGGGGCUGCCAACGGACAUUUCGGACGCUCACUUCGCUCGUGUCCGUCAACCCGCCGUCCGCCUCCGCACAAAUCCCUCCCCCGAGCCCUUCCCCCGGUUCCUCCCCAGGCACGUGCCCAGUCGAUCUGGACAAGCAGUGCGCCGGCGUACCGGCCACGGCAACAGCGACCGGGGCGUGCACGUGCGACUGCCUGGCGGGCUGGACGGGCGUCGACUGCUCCGUGUGCACUGCGGAUGAUGUGUGCCAGGCACUCAACCUGGGCGCGCGCUGCGACACGGGCCCCCUCUACGGCGCCAACACCACCUACAAGGCCUACGGGUGCAAGCUGACGUCAUCCAGCCUGGCCGCGUACAUCCAGAGCGACAUGGCGAUCCGGUGUGACGUCAGCAAGCGCGCGUGCACGAUCCUGCUGGACGUGCUCUCGGACGGGCAGACGGCGCCCGUGAACUGUACCGCGACGGGGUGCGCUUUUCGGGACGGGCAGGGGGCGUUCACCUGCGCUGAGCUCAGCUGCGGCUGCGGGGGCCAGAAGGUCCCCUGCCCGACGGACCUGUCCCAAACCAUCAACACCCUUACGGGCAGCUCUAAGAUGGCAUGCGCAGAUGAUGGCUCUGGCAAAUGCACCCUCUCUUUGGACGCCCUGCCAAGCGACCUGGAAGCGACGUGCAGCAUCGGCGAAUGCACAAACUCUGGCAACGUCACUUUCCAGGCCUCCCCAGGCCGCCACGUGGACACCACUGCGAUCGGAGUCGCAGUCCCAGUCUCGGUGCUCGGGUCCGCCGCUCUACUUGCUCUGGCGUGGUAUGCCAGAAAGCGCCAGCGGGUGCGGGGGGAAGCGGAAUACGUUACGUGGGCGGCGGAAAAUGAAAAGUUUCUGGAAGGAAAUAAGACGGGCUCUGGACGGGGGGGGGCGGAAAACGGGAGAGUUUCCAGCGGAGAGGGGAGCGGAAUUGACUCGGAUAGGGGGGGGAUGAGUGGAGGGAUUGUGGAUGUCGGGGCAAGGAGACUUGCAGGGGGUAACGAAGCGGGGGUGAAUGACGUGGUUGGUUUGAAUGGGGCAAGGAACGAGGGGUCGGGGAAGAGCCCCGGGCGGACGCUGGAGGUGCGGAAGCUGUCGGUGUUGCUGUCCCCGGGGAAGUGGUGGCGCAGUAGGAGUGUAAAUGAAGCUUCCCGCACGCACAUCGUGUCCGACGUCUCCUUCACCGCGCGUCCGGGCGAAGUCCUCGGCGUUUUCGGACCGUCCGGCGGCGGCAAGACGACGCUGCUCAGCGUGGUGGCGGGCGUCGGGGGCGACCGGCUCGGCCGUGUCUCCGUCACCGGAACCGUUCUGCUGGACGGAAAGGAACGGAACGACGAUUACCGGCUCCUGACGUCGCUAUUGCCGCAGGACGACCUUCUGUACGGCACCCUCACCGCCCAGGAGUCUAUCGCCUAUUCCGCCGAGCUGCGGCUUCCAGCCUUCAUGCCAACGGAACUCAAGCGGAAACGAGUCGAGUCAACGGUCGCCCUUCUGGGCUUGUCUCCAGUCCAGCACAGCCGCAUAGGGAGCCUUCUGGGCGGACGGGGCCUCAGCGGCGGCGAGCGCCGGCGGGUGCGCAUCGGGAUGGAGCUCGUGACGGACUGUGACGUCCUGCUGAUGGACGAGCCGACGUCAGGGCUGGACAGCCACAGGGCCCUCAAGCUGCUCCAACAACUGCACGCGAUUGCGCGCACUGGGAAGACAGUCAUCCUGAGCGUGCACCAGCCGUCGCAGGAGGCCUUCGAGCAACUAGACCAGAUCCUGCUGCUGUCCGCAUCCGGACACCAGAUGUACUGCGGACCUCGCGACGGUCUCCCCCGCUACUUCGAGGCGAUCGGGCGACCCUGCCCCCCAAACCGCACUUUCCCAGACCAUAUGCUCAGCAUCGUUAGCGCAGACGACGUGUCCGAAAACCCCGCGAAACCCCUGUCCGAAACCUCGUCCGCAUCUUUAAAUGAGGAUCCAUUAGCAGCUUGCGCUUACGGUGAAACCUCCGAGAGUGCGCAAGCCGACCCGGAGAACCCUGCGCCUAACCCGGGAAGGUUAGCCCCGAGCCCUAACGGGUUCACCCACCAUACCAAGGAUAAGAUAGGUGCAGUCAGCCAGCCGCACGCGGCAGAGAGCAGCAGAGCAAGCAAACCGCAAGCAGCGCAAAGCACGCCAAAACGCAAACGCCGUGACCCAAAUUUGCGGCGGUCCUUCGUGACCCAGUUGCUAGUCUUGUACAAACGCGAGCUGCUAAACGUGUUCCGUAACCCGGGUUUGCUCCUAACCCACGUGGUGGUCAGCGUCAUUCUCGGGCUGCUGGUGGGUGGGGUUUACUACCAGGUUAGCGGGAACCUGGCCGGGUUCCAAAACAGGGCCGGGGCGUUCUACUUCACGAUUGUCUUCCUAGCGCUCUCGAGCACGAGCGCGCUGGAAGCCUUCAUCUCGGAGCGCGCGAUCUUCGUCAGCGAGGGUGCCGGCCGCUUCUACUCCCCGCUCGCGUUCUUCGUCCCCAAGGUCUCCCUCGAUUGGCUGCUGCUGCGGAUCCUGCCGUCGCUCAUCUAUGGCACCAUCCUCUACUUCAUGAUGGGCCUGCGCACCGACGGCGGCCGCUUCGGCGUCUUCCUCGCCGUCCUCUUCCUCGUCAGCGUGACGUCAUCCUCGCUGUGCGUCCUCGUCAGCCUGGCCGUGCCGUCCGUCGCGAUCGCCAACGUCGUCGCUCUAGUUGCAAUCCUCGUUUUCCUCUGCUUCGGGGGGUUCCUGGUGAACGGCGAAAGCAUCCCCCCGGCGCUGAGGUGGCUGCCCAAAAUAUCAUUCGUGACGUACGCAUUUGAGGCGCUCAUGAUCAACGAGCUCCACGGGCUGACGUUCUCGUUCCGGACGGUGGGAAUAGGCCCCGUCCUGUCGCUGAAAGGGGAUAGCUUUUUGGACCAGCUCGGUCUGAGCCGCAACACACUGGGCCGGGAUCUGGGCAUUCUGGCUGCGAUGGCGGGCAUUUACAUCUGCGCUGCCUGCGUGCUACUGCACCUACGAGUCCGGGCCGGAAGGAUGAUGAGAAUGCGCCCAUAGGCGCGCUUUACGAGCCAGGAGUCGUAAACGAUUCUCCGGAGCUGUAUUUUAGGUUCGCAUAUGCACGCGCUCGAAGUAGGGUCUUGGUUGUCGAAUGGUUAGUACCAUGUCAGGAGAUCUUGAGCUAUGUACUUUGACUAGACAAAUAGCAAGACAAAUAUGAAAUGACUAUUGGAAUAGCUUUGUGGAUGGGCGCAAGCUCCAUUUAGUCCCAAAUGGGGCACAAUACUCGGACAGCGGCACUUCCGGAUGGGAAAGCAUUUGACCGGAUAUGGGCAACUUUGAUAAAUAUCCGCCAGCACGAAAGGAU